ACGACGACGGGAACACGCAGACGCGUCUGGACCUGCGUCGGAUGUCGGCGGACGCGAGACGGGAGGCGAAAGAGGAAUCCAUAGGGCAGACGUUCCGGCAUCGUGCAGAUGACUCUCGGACUGUUCACGGUAACGGCGCAUUUAGUCGCUUCGCCGUCGCGAUUACCGCGUAAGAUCCUCGAGUCCGCCAGAUAGGGUGCAUCGACUAGGGCAGUGGCGACGUUCACGCACGUGAGUGCCGAAGGUUUCAUCGAUCCCUUGAUAUCGACGAGUAACAGGCGGGUCCGUCCACCCUGUCGGCUCUCUUUCUCUUUCUCUCUCUUCCCCGUUCGAACGCGGCGUCGUGACGCUCGUGGCGAUAUAUCCCGAACGCCGCGCAAAUCGGAGCACCAGGACCCCAAGCCGUAGAGCGAUGACGUGCUCUACGAGGAUCCUACGAACCACCUGUGAACCAGCUUUGUAACGCGAAUCGAGACGCAGGAAUACCUCUGGGAUUAUGAGCGUGUCUCUGAGUUCGUGAUUGUUCGUGACUGAUUGUCUCGGUGUAAUUGUGCGACGUGGUCACGGUGAACCACAUGACAGUGUGACAGCUACGGAGGUGUCCGGUAAGAUAUCGGAGGCAGGUGACGGUCGUCGGGUGGACUGAGUUGAUUUGUCGCUGACAGAUUGAUGACUAGUUGAAGGAUCAAGGAUAACAAACAUGAAAUACUUGAAAGUCGCGUUAUUCACGUUCAAUCUGUUAAUAUGGUUGGCCGGCUGUACGGUACUCGUGAUAGGCGCGUGGUUGCUCCUGGAGCCGAGUAAGGGAGACAUCCUCAAUCUGUUCGUAUCUAACGUCAAGCCGCACGAGACCAUUAAUUUGAUAGCUUACAGCCUCCUCGGGCUCGGCUUCACCGUGCUCACGGUCGGUUUCUUCGGCUGCCGCGCCGCUCUACGCGGAAAUCAAUGCAUCAUCGCUACCUACAUGAGCAUGUUGGUCGCGCUUAUCGUCACGGAACUGGUGACGGCUGCCAUCGGCGGGCUGAUGACUUACCAAAUCCUGUCCGACCUCGAGGGGAGGCUCACCAGCAAGCUGACAGUGGAAUACGGUCACGAUCCGACCAGCGACAUUCCCUUCAGCCAAAGUCUGGACUUCGCGCAAUAUAAAUUUAAUUGCUGCGGAAUUUACGGCGACGAGGAUUACAAUGGUACGGCCUGGUGGAGGGAUGCGCAAAUCUCUGGGAACAAGAGGCAGGUUCCUCUCACGUGUUGCGUUCUCAAAAAUACCGAGAAUAAAAACACGGGCAGCCCAAUGAGCGUCGUCUCCAGGGUUUUUCACAAAAAUAAUGAGAAACCAUGGCUGCAUCCGCAGCCGAAGGAUGAGGCCGCGUGUCAAGUAGAAGACCAAGAGGCUCAGAAGGGAUACAGACACAAAGAAGGCUGCCUCGGAAAAGUCACAAACUGGCUGCAGUGCGAGAGUUUCACGUUGGUGUUUCUCGGCAUGGCGAUGGCAGGCAUACAGACAUUCGGAAUAAUAACGUCCGCCUUCCUCUGCCGGACGAUACGGGACAUGCAGGAUGAAUGAUUUAUAGUUCGCGACCUCAGUGAAGUGAAAAGAAUGUCACGGCACUGAUAACACUGAGGGAGCAAAGAAAAAAAACAAAGAACGAGAAGGGAAGAAACAUAUUCAUUUUGUAUUUUUAUGUAUCUCUCGCCAUUCGAAAUUCCUAAGCUCUGUUUCGGUCUUGUGUAUCAGGACAAAUGACGAGACUUGCGGAAUUGCGAUUACGGGAUCUCGCGGAACGAAAGUAAUCUGAAUUUCUGUUCCAGUCCGUGAAAUAUUUGGUCGUAGAGAACAUUCAUGCAAGUUGUAACAAUAAGUGCCACGCUUGAUCGAUAUCUUUAGAUUAAUCCCAGUUGUGCGCGCGCGCGUUCGCCGCGCGGCAUCCUCGAGCCAGCGAGAAUGUGACCAAUACCACCCCGCUGUACAUAUAGAUAUCGUGUCGUUGUCGUGUUCAAUUCAAGUACUGACAAGUCGCGAUGUUACGAUAGCAUCGUCGGCGUUUUACGAAGAUCACUGGCAGGGCUCGACCAACAGCGCGAAUUGUUAGUCGCGAAGUUUUCGCCCCGCGUUGUAAAUACACAUAUAUAACGGUGCCAACAUGUCGAGCAACUGAAUACAUGCGUACGUGAGAACUUUCGGCCAUUUUUCCUUCUUUCGGGAAUAUUUAUCUAUUUCGAGAUGCGAAAUCAUUUUUAACACAUGGUUAUACACAUGCAUUUUUGGAAAAAUAUGUUUUUUUAAUAAAUGACGUUGUAUGAGUGUAUGUAGAGGAGAUUGGGGCUUAGUGAGAUAGGUGGACAUAAUCGGAAUAGCAUCCAGGAAUUUUUCUAUACACACCGUUAGUGUUAUUAAAAUAAUAUUGUUUCCAUUAUAUCGAACAAUUGUUUAAACAGUUGAGUUCUUUAGUUAGAGAUAGUGCAGUUAGAAAGAACAAGAGAAAAAUGAAUUUUCCUUAUUUAAAAGCAUUAAAUUCUGUCAUUAAAUUCUGUCACUUGUCUAUGUUUAAUUAAUUUAAUAAUUGGAAAGUUUAUGAUAAUAAACUGCCGAAAUAAUCUUUUUUAAAGUCUUCUGGCAAUAAGAAAUAAGACGGAAGUUUAAGAGAAAAAUGAACAUGCCUCUUCUCUCCCCCCCUUCCAAUCAGCUACAUUCUUCUCUAAUAAUCGUGUGUACGUGUGUGUUAGAUUCUUAUAGACAUUUGUCGUCCAUUUUAUUAGAAUGGGUGAAAUGCACACAUAUAUAUUAUAAAAAAAAAAAUAUAUAUAUAUAUAUAUACAAUAUUGAUGUACAAGAAUGCGUUAUAUAUAUAUAUUCUGUAAUCAAGGAAACGCUUUCCUCUCCAAAACUAAUUUUCGAAGAAUGUAUUAUGAUAACUUGUGCCAAAGGAAUUUAUUGUAUAAUGAGUGUGAUACAAAUUUUAAUAUAUUUUUAUUUUGUAAAGACAAUUGGCGAGAGAGAGAGAGAGAGAGAGAGAGAGAGAGAGAGAGAGAGAGAGAGAGAGAAAUAUUCUGCGUGUUUAUAGAACGCGUCGUAAUGAUAAUAAAGAUAUUGUUCUCUGUGCAAAAUGGUGUUUCUAUUCAUUUUACAUUAUUACAA